AUGGCCAAUUGCCUGACAAAUUGUUAUCAGGACUCAGUGACCUUUAAUGACGUGGCUGUGGACUUCACCCAAGAAGAGUGGGUUUUAUUGGCUCAAACUCAGAAAAUCCUACACAAAGAUGUGAUGCUGGAGAACUACAAGAACCUGGCAACAGUAGGAUAUCAACUCAUCAAACCCAGUCUCAUCUCUUGGUUGGAACAAGAAGAAGAGUUGAGGACAGUGCAGGGAGGAGAUCUCCAAGACUGGGAAAUACUACUUAAAACCAAUGUUUCGGCAGUACAGCAGGAUUUUUGGAUGGUACAAACUUCUAAUGGGAUACAAACAGAUCUGGUAACCUUUGACAGUGUGGCUGUGGAGUUCACCCAGGAGGAGUGGACUUUAUUGGACACAACUCAGAGAAACCUAUACAGAGAUGUGAUGUUAGAGAACUACAAGAACCUAUCCUCAGUAGGUUACCAACUUUUUAAACCUAGUCUGAUCUCUCAGUUGGAAGAAGAGUUUAGGACAGUCCAGAGAAGCAUUUUUCAAGAAUGGAAAAUGUGUCUUAAAACAAAUGGGUCUGCCCUUCAGCAAGAUAUUUUUUGUUUAAAAACAUCAAAUGGGAUACAACCGGCAAGAAACCACAACGGAGGGGAACUCUAUGACUAUAAACAAUGUGGAAAUGUCUUCAGUGAACACUCAUGCCUUAAGACACACAUGAGUAUUCAAAAUGAGAACAUUUCUGAAUAUAAUCAGUAUGGAGAAGACUUCCUUUCUCUGCACAAGGAAACCUCUACUAGAGGGAAACAUUCUGUGUUUGAUGAACGUGGAAAAUCCUUCAGCCUGACUUUAAAUGUUGAGUUCCAGAGAAAGUACACACAGGAUAAAUAUUUUGAAUGCAAUGACUGUGGGAAAACUUUUGUUAAUCAGUCACACAUUCAGGCACACAGGAAAACUCACUAUGGAGAAAAACUCUAUGAAUGUGAGCACUGUGGGAAAGUAUUUCCUGACUCCAUGACCUGUGCUGUGCAUGUUGAAACACACAUUGUAAAAAAUACCUAUGAAUGUAAGGAAUGUGGAAAAGGCUUUAGAAAUCCUACCUAUCUUGAUAAUCACAUGCAAACACACACUGGAAUGGAACCAUACAAGUGUAAGGACUGUGGGAAAGUCUUCACCGUGCACUCAGACCUAACUAAACACAUACAAACUCACACUGGAGAGAAGCCCUAUGAGUGUAAGGAAUGUGGUAAAGCCUUCCGUACAUCCUCAGGCCUUAUUGAACAUAUGAGAUGUCAUACAGGAGAGAGACCCUUUAAGUGUGACCAGUGUGAGAAAGCUUUUGUUUCUUUAUCAUCUCUUUUUGCACAUCUGAGAACUCAUGCUGGAGAGAAGUUCUUUGACUGUUACAUGUGUGGGAAACUAUUUACCUCUUCUUCUUAUCUUCGAGUUCAUAUGCGAACUCACACGGGAGAGAGACCAUAUAGAUGCAAGGAGUGUGGGAAAGCCUUCACUAAAAGCUCAUACCUCACUAAGCAUUUACGAAUACACACUGGAGAGAAACCCUAUGAAUGUCAGAAAUGUGGAAAAGCCUUCAUUGAGCGUUCAUACCUUACUAGACAUAUACGAACACACACUGGAGAGAAGCCCUAUGAAUGUAAAGAAUGUGGGAAAGCUUUUGCUGUUUCCUCAAGCCUAACUGAUCAUGUAAGAAUUCACACUGGUGAGAAACCCUAUAAAUGUGAUGAAUGUGGAAAAGCCUAUAAUAGGUGUGGUCUACUAACUCAACAUUCAAAAACUCAUACCACAGAGAAGACCUUUGAAUGUAAGGCAUGUGGAAAAUCCUUCAGAAAUUCUUCAUGCCUUAACGAUCACUUCCGAACUCACACUGAAAUGAAACCCUAUGAAUGUAAGGAAUGUGGAAAAACAUUCACUUGGCGCUCAAGCCUUACUAAACAUGUACGUAUGCACAAUAGCGAGAAGCCUUGAUGUGGGGAAUGUGGGAAACUCUUCCAUACAGGAUGUAUUUGGCAUAUGAGAGGUCACACAGGAGAAAAAUGCUUUGAAUGUAACCAAUGUGGGAAAGCCUUUGCUUCCUUUUCAUGUCAUAUUGCAUAUUUGAGAACUCGCACUGAAGAAAUGCCUUAUGUAUGGAAUGUGGUAAAACCUUCACUGUUUCCUCAAGCCUAACUGAACAUGUAAGGAUUCAUAGUGGAGAGUAACCCUAUAAAUGUAAGGAAUACAGAAAAGCAUUCACUGG